AUGAUUCCAAAACUAAGCCGAGAGAAUACCACUAGCAAUACUAGUUAUCUUCCAAGACAUCUAAAUAUCUAAGGGUUCUAAAAGUUCAACAUUAAGUCUAAUUCUCCAAGAACAUUGUAGGCUUGUUAAGAAUUGGGCAUCGAUCCAAUAGUUUUAGAAUUGAAGUAAGUUAGUUGUUGUAUACCAGAGAAGAAUCAGAUUUCAAAUAAAAUGACAUAGAUGAGGAAAUCGUUCAACUCAGAUAUUAACAUUACCUCAACAGAGCUCAUUGUAUAAGAUGAAUAAAAUUUAUUAUAGAACUGUUCACUGAAAUAACUUAAAGAAGGAAAGAGAUAAUUUAGAGACAAAGACAAAAACAAUUAAAUAAUAAUGCCUCAAUAGAAUCCCUAGAUAGAUCAAAAACAAUCAAGUUGUAGCAAUCAUUAGACUAGUGCGAGUAACAACUCCUGCAUAUAAUUUCUUAGGGUUCGACGAUAAAUAGAUUCAAUCUACAACAGAACUGUAUCCUUCUUGCACUAAAAGAGUGAAUCUCCAACUAAAGAUCACUUUACAGGAGAUGUCUAUGAUCUCAAUCAAUUGGAAGGUGGAAUCGAAAAGGAAAUAGAUAGAUACAAUAAACAUAAAAAAUAGAAGAUUAGAGAAGCAUAACUGAAAUUGAAGGAAGAUGCAAAAAGGUUAUAAUUGAUAGAGAAGUGGAAAUAAAAGGAUUCCUAAAUUUUGGAUUCGAUAUUGAAAAGACAAUAUGCAUUUAAACAGAAGAUGAAGGCUUCUAGCAGUGGAAGAAAAACUCCUUUUCAAAAAAUUCCAUAAUCUACAGAUCCAAAAUCCUUUAAAAGAGACAGUGAAUCUAAGAUAGACAAGUAAGAUAUCAAUGUUAAUUUAAGAGGAGGAGAUACUUCAAUGCAAAAGACCAUGUACAGAACUAGAAUAGAUGACUCUAAAAUCAAGUAAAGAAGAGAGAUGGUCAUUCAAAGAAAGGAAGAACUCAACAAAAUGGAAGAUAUUGAAUUAUAAAAGGACCUUGAAAAGUUAUAAUUGAAAUUGAAUCAAAGUGAAAAAUUAUCUAAACAAUAAGCAUAAAUCAAAGUUGAGAGAAUCAAAGAAUAAUAUUUUCGAGAAUAAUAAUUAAUUUAAUAAUAAAGAGAAAUUAAUGUCAUUUAAUCUCAAGAACAUUUGAGUGCAAUGAUUAGUAAAAUGAUUAACAAAGAACAAGAAUUUAGAGGACAACUUUAAUCUUAAUUGAUGCAAGACUUAGAAAAAAAAUAAUAAUAAAAAGAAAAGGUUAAUAAAAUUAAAUAGAAUCAAAAUGAUCUCUUUAAGGAUCACGAUAAAAAAUUAAAAUAAUUAAAUGAUAAAUUUAUCAAAAUUGAGGAAUAAAAUAAACUUAGAAAAUAGGAAUUAGAACACAAGAUACUAUUGAAAUAGGAAUUAAGAAGAUUGAAAGAACAGGACAAAUUAGAUAACUAUGAGAGGUAGAAAAGACAAAAUGAUUAUAAAAUGAUGACUCUAUAUAUGAAAUCCAAAUUUAUUGAAGAAAAAAAUUAGCUCAAAUAAUAUCAAAAUGAAGUUAUUUAAAAAACAUCUAUGGAAAUAAACAAGUAAGAAAUAUAAGAACGAUAACGAAUUUAUUCAUAACUCCAGGAAUUAAGCGACAAUUUAUUGAACUAUAAAAGUGUCUCAUAACAUGAAUCCAGAUAAAAAUAAGACUAAGCAAAAUAUAAAAGUGUUAAGUAAUCAUCUUAUCUCCUAUAUAGACUGCUUAAGAAGUUUGCUAAGUUAGAAGAUCCCAACAUUGAAUAACAUACUAAAGUAAUAUUGACCAUGCUUCAACCUAAACCUGUAGAAAAUGAAAAUUCUAAUAGAAAGUUAAGUGUUCACAAAAAAUGA